GGGCGCAUGCGCUAUGAGGUCAUCGAGGCGGAGUUCGGUCGACGCAGGCGCAGACGCAUCGAAGCUACCAGAAAGACAUAAACGACGGUUGUCAACAGCUGUGGCGGUUGGAAGCCGCGGUGUGUCUUCGGCAGCAUUGUGAAACCAAAAAAGGAUCGUUCCUUGAGGCCUUGAUCCUUUGCUUUAAAAAGGCUCUAACGCGGUCUUUGAGACGCAUCUCUUCCUUCUCCCUCAGUGUUCAAAGCAUUACAUAUCUACCCCUGUAGUUCAUAGCAUUAGCUUCCUUUUAGGGCUUAGCGUCUCCAUAUGGCUGAGAUGAGGAGGUCACUGUUUAACCACAUGUGGGAGGAGGAAGAAUGCUUAGAGUACUAUGGGAUGGUUUCGCUGCACCGCAUGUUUGUGGUGAUCGGUUCCCAGCUCACAGAGAACGAUAUAGAUGUGCUCUCGUUCCUUUUGGAUGAGACCCAGCCGUGGACCCACCCCCUGGAUCCUGCCCUUUGGGCUGUGGCAGCAACAGAGGAAGGUGGUGCUGAAGUCACCUCGCCUGUGCUGGAGAGCUGGAAGAGGAGGAAUCAGUGUGGGUGUCAAUUGAGCAAGACUGAUGGCAAUCUAGAGAUGGCUUCCGGUAGGCAACGGCCCAAGAAUGGUGUUGAGCUACUCCUAGAGCUGGAAAGGAGGGGGAAAUGUGACGAAACCAACUUCACACAGCUGCUGCAGCUCCUGAGGGUGCUGACAAGACACGAUCUGCUGCCACACGUCACCAUGAAAAGGCAGCGUACAGUUUCUCCUGAGAGGUAUACCUACGGACCGUCUGUCGUGUCAUCAGACCAACAGGUGGACAACUGUCUCAACACAGCCUCUGCAGACAAUCAACACGAUCAGUGGGAGACAGGCUCCAACUCCAGCAAAAGGAAGCGAGUAAGCAGAGGCCGGGCAAAGGCUGCUCCUCUCCGUAGGCGGCGGGGAGCCAAAGCAGCUUCUGCUCCAAAGCAGGAAAUCCAGAUGCCCACCAAAGUGACCUGUGACAUCAGGCUCCGUGUUCGUGCAGAGUACUGUGAGCAUGAGCCCAUCCUGCGUCAGAAUGUGAUGUCAAACAAGCAGAACCGGCUCGAGCGUCAGUUCGAUGUCUUUGGGCAGUCCAAUACCAUCCUCAAAUCUCGGGACCUGGGCUCAAUCAUCUGCGACAUCAAAUUCUCAGAGCUGUCCUACCUGGAUGCCUUCUGGAGUGAUUAUAUGAAUGGCUCGUUGCUGGAGGCUCUGAAAGGGGUCUUCAUUACAGACUCACUCAAAGAAGCUGUGGGCCAGGAGGCUAUCCGGCUGCUGGUGAAUGUGGAUGAGGACGAUUAUGAGGAAGGGCGCCGUCUCUUGCUGGAAAGCGUGGCUCCCCAGGCCUGGUGACCUGGCGUCAUCUAGGAAACAGAAGUACGUCCGUCCUCCCCCCCCCCAGCUGGCUGGUAGUGCGGCGUAUGCUCAUAAAAAGAGAUCAGACCAAUAGUCCAUUUAGUCCAGCAUCCUGUCUCACACAGUGGCUAACCUCUCAAGGGCCAAAACAGGGUAUAGAGACUAAGGCCUGAUGUUGCCUUCUGGCUCUGGGAUUCAGAAGCUUAGUACCUCUGAAUGUGGAGUUCCUCAGUCGCCAUGGCUAGUAGCCACUGAUGGGGCUGUCUUCCAUGAAUCUGUCUGAUUCCCCAUUUAUUCCUGUGGCCAUUGCUAUAUCCUCUGGCAGCAAAUUCCACAUUUUAAUCACUCUCUAUAUAAAGAAGUAUUUCCUUUUGUUUGCCUUGAACCUAAUGCCCAUCAGCUUCUUUGGACACCCUCUAGUAUUUUGGGAAAGGGAGAAGUUCUUUUUGACAACUCUCUCACUCCCAUGCAUACUUUUAUAAACCUUUAUGAGGUCUGCCCUUAGCCUUCUCUUUUUAAAACGGGAAAGGCCCCAAAUCUUCAGCCUUUCCUCAUAAGGAAGUUGCUCCAACUCUCCUAAUUAUCUUGGUUGCCCUCCUCUGUACUUUUCCCAACUCUGCAAUGUCCUUUUUGAGAUACGGUGACCAGAAGAACUGUACCCAGUAUUCUAAAUGAGGCCUUACCAAAGAUGUAUACAGGGGCAUUACAGUAUUGGCCGUUUUAUUCUCGGUGCCUUUUGUAAUAAUCCCUAAUGUAAAGCUUGCCUUUUUUUUUACUGUUACGGCACACUGGGUUGACACUUCCAUCGAGCUAUCCAGUGUGACCCCAAGAUCUUUCCUGUCUCUGUCCCACAAGCUCAAUCCCCAUUAGCCUGUACUUGAAGUUGGGAUUUUUGUUCUGUCCCAGUGUGCAUCACCUCAGGACUUGUUCAGGCUUUAGCAGCUUCUCUUACCUGUCCCCACUUCCACUCGCUUUCCUGUUUUAAUUGCUUUUUGCUAAGGGAGAGUGAACUUUUAACUUGGGUUUAAGUACGUUUGCCUCUCUGUUUGCCAGCUAGUUUUAGAUGUCCUCUCAGUCGCCCCAGAUUCUGUUUCAGAAAAUCAAGACAUUUGGCAGAAGAGAAAAAAGGUUAACUUCAUAAGAGGCAUGAAGGAGAUUGUUGGGGCCUUCCUUUUGUGGAGUGUAGCAAACUUAUGGCCAGUGUUCCCUCUAAGCUGAGUUAGUGUGAGCUACCUCACCAUUUUUAGCCCCUGGCUCUCACAUUUUUGUCCUUGCUCAGGAAAAAUGGCCCCAGAGCAAACUAAUUUAUGCAGUAGCUCACAACUUUAAUGGCGAUAGCUCACAAAGCAGAAUUUUUGCUUACAAGACUCCACAGCUUAGAGCAGGGGUGGCCAAAAACUCUGGCUCGGGAGCCACGUGUGGCUCUUUCACACAUUGUUUGGCCAGCUUGGAGAAGGCAUUUCUCUCUUUAAAUCACUUUUCCAAGCCAGCUGGUGGCUUGGAGAAUCCAUUUAGAGUUAAAGUUGCUUUCUUUCCACCCCUCCAUCCAGCAUCUGACAUGCAUGUCUUGCAGCUUUCAAACAUCUGACGUUUUUUCUAUGUGGCGCUUAUGUUAAGCAAGUUUGGCCACCCCUGGCUUAGAGGGAGGUAUUGCCUGUAGCUUAGCUUCCUUAAGAAAAACUAGUUCAAGCUUGCCUGAAGAAACCAGAAUAAUAAAGGAAACUAUUUGCUCCGUUGUUAGUCCUUAAUCUUUGUGGUCUAGCCUGUGUUUCAUAGGAAGCCUUCUGCCCCAAAAACUUGUCAUCGACCAUAUCAUGAAUUACGCCUCUUGCGUUUUCCAGCUUGGUGGUCCUUCAGUGGAUUUGGAGUCAGCAUUUGGGCUUAACAUCUUUUUUUUUCUCACAGGAGGUGGCAUCGAUCCACUUAGCCACGUGGAACUGCAGACUUGAGAAGACAGGACUUUAGAAAAGGAACCUUCAUCCCGUCGUGGGGCAAGGCUGGAUCUUGGCAGCGACGGGAGCCCUGGGGGGGUCACACGGCAUGUCGCAGCUGGUCAUGCUGUGCUUGAAGCAUUGAAUAGACAAGAAGGAAAUGAUGUUAACGGACAUUCAAACGUAGCAGGGCUUGGGCAGAGGCACCCACUCGGGUUCCUUUCCCUCUGAACUGAACGGGACACCCUGGGCAGAAGUACAUGUCCAGGGGACUAUGGAAAGGGCACAAAUCAGAGUGUAUAUCAUGCUCACUACCAGUGCUCGAUUCACCCCCCUCCCCCGGUGGAGAGCAGUCUCGUCUUGUGGAGGUGCAAACAUAACUUCUGUGAAGGAUGGCAGCGAAGUGUGCCAUUUCGAGCUGCUUUGUAGGAAGAGAAACCAACUUCUCUCAGUCAGCUGUCGGGGGUGGAUAUUCCCCCCUCCCCAAGUUCAAUAUACAGCCACAAUGCUGAUGGUUGUAAACAGUGGAAGUUUGGGUUAUAUCCAGAGGGAUACUUUCCAAUUGUCUGCGGCUUAUUUGUACAUAGUAUAAAUUAUAGAGGUUUUUUUUUAAGGCAAGCACUUCACACGGCAUCUCUCUUAGAGGAGUCUGUUUCAUGACACUGGGGCGGGUGGGGGAACAAAUUCCUGUAAUUUAAUUUUUUUUUUUUUACAGAACAAAAGAAUUUUUGAUGUUCUUGUAUUGUCUUUGCAAAUGUCAAUAAAGAGAGUUUGCAAUU